AUGCCGAGUGGGAGCGGAAAAGCACGGGCCGGGAACCUUCAACGUCCGCUGUCGGAUGGCUGUACGCGGGGGCGGGUCUCGCUCCCCCCGCGGAGGGGCCGCAUACGUCAGGUUGUGCUUGGUGUCCUGCAUCCUGUCGCGCACAACUUUGGUGGCGAGCAGCCGAAGCCGGGGCGUCUCGCCGGCCUCGCGGACGGGGACGAACUCGGCGUCGGCGUCGUACCCGAACCCCUUGAGGUCCUCGCCGCGGUGCCACUUUUCGAAGCCGAGGUCGCGGUACUCGACCCCCGUCUUGAGCCGGCGGAGAGGAGGCGGAAGCCGUAUCGGGGGGACUGCGCCUGCGAGGGGUCAGCGGAAAGCACGGGAGGACGUUUCCACUCGCCGCCGUUGCGCGGCAUGACGUCUUCCCCUAUCAUGCGGAACUCCCGGAUCCGAGGUUGCGAUCGCAGGAACCGCAGCCGGUCGAGAUCGCCUAGAUCUUCCCGCCAAAUCGAAGGACCUUCUUUCCAUUCUUCCGGCGGAGGGCCAUGGCGAAGGUUGUACAUGCCGGGAGAGGUCCCCAUUCCUGAGAAGAGCCCGAUACACACCAGACCUAGCUUCUUCGAACCGGAAGCCUGGAGGGAGUUGAAGACGUUCCGCACAACCGAAAUCAGUGAGAACGAUGUCUCCGAGCUCAGAGGUGACGAGGAAGUUCUCCGGCUUGAUGUCCCCGUUAUCCCAUCGCGAGAACCUGCGGCGAAGAUGAGUCUGGGUCCACGACAAAGGGGCGAACGCACGUUCCAUCUCGGCACAUAUGUGACGCUGCAGCUCCUUUUCGAGUUUUGUAGCCAUAAGCUGCCGAAGGUCUCCGAAGCACAUGUCCUGGGAAACGCGUCAGAGAUGCACAAAGACGGGGACGUCAAAGCACACCAUGACGAAGUACACGUUGUGCCGAUCCUCCCAGGCAGCAUGCACCUUCGCAAGGAAAGGGAUACUGUGCUUCGUCGCGUAGGCCAUGAUCUGCAGCUCCUUGCCAAGUUGAAGACGAUCGUGGUCGCGAAAGUAGUGCCACUUGUGCGUAACCUUCAUCGCGACCACCCGGUUGAAAUCCUGGCAGGCGGCGAAGACUCGAGCGCAGCCGCCCUCGGCAAGCGUUCCGAAGACGGCAUACCUGUGCGGGGGUUGAACCAGGAGGUCGUUGCAGUCGUUGCGGUUGCUGUUGUACGGCUGGCGACCACGUGCUUGAGCAUCCAGAGACGGGUCGCCGGGAAGCGUGCGCUCACGCGCGGCUGGGGUCAACGGAAGAGGUUUGGAAGCGAGACUGGGGGAUGGCAACCGAGGAGAUUGGGAAGUGAGGUGCAGAGGCGAAAGCGAUGGAAGAGGUGGCACUUGCUCAGUUGUCGGGAUACGCAACGUACAUGUUACCUGACUGCCGGCGCGAGAGCUAUCAGUCAAAACGCCCGGUUCGGCGACGUCGACGGAAACCGCAGCAUUCGAGGACGCAUCGAACCGAAGCCCAAACCUCUUCUCGUAGGAGAGGGAGCGGUAGGUUCCAUCAAAGGAGUCAAAGAGUGUAUCAGCACGUACAUGAGCACAUUGGGGGCAUCUGAAGAACCGGACAAAGGGGACCCCUUGCGCCAGGACGAAGAGACCUUCUUCCAAAACGGUAUUCCUAUCGCCAUCAGAGCCGAUGAGAGGAGAGCGGUGAAGCGAAGGUGCAGAACAGAGGACAAGUGGCUCAAAUAUAGAUCGCCCGGGAGUGACUCCACUGCUAUGUUACGCAACACAACGAAAAGCGUGAUGAACGUGACAAUACUGUGCGAUGUCCUACUUGAACAAACGAAGAGGUCAUAUCAUCGCAAAAUCAGCGCUCUACAACGCGUGCUCACCUUAUUGGUAUCAGUUUGCCGCAUGCAACACAAGUGCGGGUGGCGGGUUGAUGCAAAACGCCAGGGCCUGGGGACACAGGCGCGCCACCUCUGA